AUGAUGGUCUCGUCCCAAGUUGCGCGAGUCGGAGGUUGGGUCUGUGCGGGCCUCUCGCUGGUCAUACUCAUUGUUCGAGUCGUCGCAGCAAGAAUACAGCAUGGAUCCUUCGAUAUCAGCACUGUUGUGUGCGUCACUGCCAUCCUGGUGAUCUCGGCUCGAAUCGGUAUCAACCAAUAUGUUCUCGCGUACGGCACCUCGAAUGAUGCUUUGUAUGGGAAGGGACAAUACUUCGACUCGCACGACCUCGACACCAUCAAAAUUGGCAGCAUUCUAGCCUUGGUCCAACCUUUCUGGAAUGCCAUCCAUUCCAUUUAUAUUGGCAGGUUGACCCGAAUCCUGGAUCGUGCAUUCGAGCGUACAUUCAAUUGCUUACCCAGGGCGUCGCGAACAUCGUCAUCGACCUAA